CAUAGUGGGGCCUGGGCCGCGUCUCCAGCGCCGUGACUGGUCGAGCCACCCUUCACAACAGCCCUGAUUCGUAUGAGAGGUUGUCAACGUGGGGGAGCAGGAUGGAGAUGAUCAUGUAGUGGACUGGGCUGGGCUGCUAUUCUUGUCGUCGACAGGUUAAGUCACAGUAACUAACAGUACUUCUUGCGUUUGCUUCUCGUGAACCUGGUGGCAAUGGAGGAUAUAAAGAUCCUCGUACCUCGCAGACAUCUCUUCAAUUCAUCCAUCCAUCCAUCCAUCCAUCCAUCCUCACUCCUCGGCUCAGGUACCAUCUCAAUAAAGUUAUCGAUAAUCGAUUACCGCUAUCUUAUCACACCACCACACAAACAAAAUGCAGCUCCAGAGCCUCCUCCUGACCACCCUCCUCUCCACCGCCGCCCUGGCCUCCCCUCAGGGCGGCGUCGUCUCCGACGUCGUCUCCGGCGCUGAGUCGGCCGCCACUGACGCCGUUGGCGCCGCCACCUCGCUGGCCAGCGCCGCCUCGACCGCCGGAGCCGCCGGCGCCUCGGACGUGACCUCGCUGGCCUCGUCCGUCGCCUCGGAGGCCACCAGCGCGGCCAGCGACGCCCGGUCCGCGGCCUCCAGCGCCGUCUCGAGCGCGCUCUCCGGUUCCUCGUCCGUCUGGCCCGCGUCCACCACGACGCUGACCGGCACCAACGGCUCCGCGACGGCCACCUCCACCAUCUCUGACAGCCUGACCCUGGCCAAGUCCACCUUCACCACCACCCACGACGGCACCACCUCCACCGGCACCGUCACCAACAUCGCCUCCGCCUCCUCCGCCUCCGCCUCCGCCUCCGCCUCCUCGUCGACCGGUGCCGCCGGCGCCCAGGCCACCCCCGCCGGUGUUCUGGGCUACGGAGUCGCCGGUGUCGCCGGCGUCCUCGGUGUGAUGGCUGCUUUGUAAGAUCCUUCCUGCAGGAUUAGAGGAGUAGGGGUUUGUGAGAUGCAACGAGUUGUCGGGCGGUGUGCAUAGGUCGCUGGGAUUUGAUACCAUCCUUUGCUUUUAAUGAAAUGUUUUUUAUGUAUAUGAAUGAGUUAAUGCUAUGAUCCGAUUUUCCUAUAUUCUCCUCUGGUUGGUCUGUGGAUUGUGAACGUAAUGGAUUCUAGGACGCAUGGUUGGAGUGAAUCCUCUACAGAUGUAUAUGUUUUGGGAGGAUUCGCGAGUGCUUGUGCUGUCGAAGCCAUGUUUAGGAUAAAGUUAGCGUCACUAAACUAAUCCGAGUGAUCUAACUCCAGGUGAUGCUUCUGUUAUACAAGAGGUUUUAUGAGUUGUAAGUUGGUGACGAUCCGCUCGAUAACGCAUUGCUAUCGGGAACAGGAGCAGGG